CCGACCGUAGGAUAUAAAACCCGGGGACGCAACCAACUCCUCAACUGUCUUACGUAAACAGAAACCGAUUAGAAUUCGUUUCCAAAAAUCAACCGCGUAUUUAUCCACCACCAACGGAAUAUUUUCCCGAGAAAACCCUUUUUUCCCGGGAAAACAGAAAGGAUUUCCAAGGUCGGUUAAACAUUCUCCGGAAACCACCGUGUAUCAUCAACCCCAUGGCCUCCGUCAGCAGCGUUCCCUACGAGGUGAAUUCUUCUUUCGCUGUGUUCAAUCUAUCUGCAUCGCGAAGAAUGGCGCCGUGUUGCUCCAUCAAUCCACGAUCCAAAAACGACGCAGAUUCAAGUCCGCAUCGGAUUGCCACGCUCCGCGGUCAUUCGUCGAGGAGGAGACUGCCUCGAAUCUCCGCCGCGGCGACGGCGUCGAAUUCCUCUGUUCUCGCGCCGCGUUCCGGAAACGACGGCGGCGUUCUGUUUUCCGAAACGCUCGACGAGUGGAUGAGAGAUUCGACGGCGGAGAUCGUUCGCAACCUUCGGAAAGCGCCGCUGCUCGUCCAGAUCUACGCGAGCGGCGACGGAUCAGCUGGAAAGGUGGAGACGGAGAAGGCGGUCGCCGACGAGUGGCCGGCGGUCACGCGUAGGUGGAAGGACGGCGUCGCGCCGCCGCCGGACGGAGUGAUCCUGGUGGAAGAGCUCGCCGGAGACGGAGGGGAAGAGGACGGGACGCGGGCGUGGGGGAUGGUGGUUCAGGGAAAGGGGGCGGAAUGCGGCCCGGUCUGUUACUUGAUGAAGACUAGUAGGGUCGGGUCGGGUUUGGGCUUGGGUUGCACGCAUUUUUGCCUGAUGAAGGUUGAGGGGUUCAGGGAGAGUGCUCCGUCGCAGCUUAAAAAUUGUUGGCUGUUGAGAUGAUAUGAUCGAUGGGGUCAUGGAGUUUGAGAUUAUUCGAUUCGUACGGUGAAUGAAUAGAAUUUGAUUUGUAAAUGGAGAAAAUUUAGAGGUAUACUCCAAUUGAAAGGUAUUUAGUGAGAUUUGUUGAAAAAAAGAGAGUGAUUUUGUUGAAUCUUGUUUCAUGCAAUUUCUUUUCUUGAACUGAAUCUUGUUUCAUGCAUUGGUUAGUUCAUUAAUUAUGUUGAGUUCUACGGUAUUUCUUAGAGCAUCCACAAUGUAAUAAUCAAAAUCAAAAGAUUGCUAAAGUUAG